AAUUGGACGUCCUUGUGUUCUAUGAUUGCGUCCGCCGUCUUCUGUUCUCUGCGCCUCUUCUCAUCUCUUCUCCUCCAUCGCCAUGAAGCCAAGGCUUGCUGUCAAGCGCCUCUUUCUCCCUCUCUUCCUCAUCCUAAUUGCUUCCCCUCUCCUCCUCUUCUUCUUCUCCUCCUCCUCCUCUUUGCCUUCAUUCUGGGACGAUGCGGGUUCCUGGAAGGCCCCGCUCCGUGUCAUGGACCUGCUCCCCCUCCUUCCCCGGCGGGUUGCCUGGCCCCUCCUCCGCUCCCUCCGUAGCGCCGUAGACCUGCUCCCCACCUUCGUCGGCGCCGCAUCCUCUCCUGAGGCCGACCUGCAAUGGAAAGGUGCCUGCUUUUACAAGAACACCGCGUGGAUGGAGUUCCACAACAAGAGCAAGUCCCAAUUCGGAGGCGGCACGAUCCAUAUCAAGACAAGCAAUGCCCAUAGUUGGACUUGCAUGGAUCUUUAUGUCUUUGCUACGCCAUAUCGUGUGACAUGGGAUUACUACUUUUUGUCUCGGGAACAUACUCUUGAUUUUCAUGAGUGGGAUGGAGAAGCUGAAUAUGAAUAUGUGAAAAAUCAUGGAGUGUCAAUUUUUCUUAUGGAAUCUGGAAUGCUUGGAACUCUUCAGGCGUUGUGGGACGUCUUUCCUCUAUUUACAAAUACUGGAUGGGGUGAAAGUUCAAAUCUUGCUUUUCUUGAGAAACAUAUGGGGGCUACAUUUGAGCAACGACCUCAACCGUGGAUUUCAACUAUCAACAUUGAUGACAUUCACUCAGGAGACUUUUUGGUUAUAUCAAAAAUUCGUGGACGUUGGGGUGGAUUUGAGACUUUAGAAAAGUGGGUUAGUGGGUCAUAUGCUGGCCAUAGUGCAGUUUGCCUAAAGGAUUCUGAAGGAAAGCUUUGGGUUGGUGAAUCAGGCCAUGAGAAUGAGAAGGGAGAGGAUAUAAUAGUUAUUCUACCAUGGGAAGAGUGGUGGGAAUUCGAGCUCACCAAAGAUGACUCAAAUCCACACAUUGCAUUACUUCCCCUCCAUCCAGAUAUCAGAGCAAAAUUUAACAACACUGCAGCUUGGGAGUAUGCUGAAAGCAUGUCAAAUAAGCCUUACGGGUAUCAUAACAUGAUAUUCAGCUGGAUAGAUACUACAAGUGGGAACUAUCCACCACCUCUUGAUUCACAUGUGGUGGCUUCUGUGAUGACCAUGUGGAAUAAAAUCCAGCCAGACUAUGCUGCAAAUAUGUGGAAUGAAGCUCUGAACACGCGACUCGGAACUGAGGGUCUUGAUCUGCCUGAAAUCAUUGUCGAAGCAGAAAAUAACGGAACUUCUUUCGAUGAGUUAUUGACGAUUCCCGAACAAGAUGAUUGGAUCUACUCUGAUGGAAAAUCAACAUCAUGUAUUGCCUUCAUUCUCGAACUGUACAAGGCAGCUGGAUUGUUCGACCCAAUUGCCAACUCGAUACAAGUUACUGAGUUCACUAUCAAAGAUGCCUACACCCUCAAUUUCUUCGAGAGCAACUCGAGCCGUCUGCCGCAGUGGUGCAACAGAUACGACAAUGUGAAACUUCCUUAUUGUCAAAUCAAGGGCCGAUAUCGAAUGGAACUGCCAGGAUACAAUACCAUGGAGCCAUAUCCUCACAUGAACGAGAGAUGCCCAUCCCUACCACCGGACUAUGAGAGGACAAGUUAUUGCUGAAACUCCAUGGCCACCCUCGAAGUGUAUAAUCUUCGUGUUUAUUUCAUGUUAGAUUCUUGUCUAUAGUAUCGAUGCGAGCUGGAGGAGGGGUUUAAAGAACCCUAGCUAGUUUCGUUGGGAAUUAUCCUUCUGUGGUAGAUUAAGUGUGUAUUUAUCCUGUAUUUGUACAUACAGAAUUCCUAGUUGCUGAUGAGAAUGUCAUCAAGUCUGUUAGCACAA